CCUAAGUAAUUUUCACCGCUCAUUCCACGACGCUGCAGAAACUGAAAACACCAACCAGGCAUUCCCGAUCUCGUCCAAAACAUCCCGCCGCCGUUGCCGCCGCCGCCCCUUAAACGGCGAUUAUGAAAACCUGGAAUUUGAGUCUGUAGCAUGACGCUGCCUCCUUCACGCCUCUCCGCCGGAAAACAAACCGCCGCCUUCCUAUCCUCCAUUCUCUCUUCCCCUCCUCCCCCCGAUCUUCUCAUCUUCUUCGCUGCCGCCCUUUCGUUUCUUAUCAUCGUCAAGAACCCCUUCUCAACCCCUCCCCCUCGCCUCAACCUCCGCCGCCGCAGCAGCCUCCCUCCUCAGGCGAUGAGCCGAUCCCAUCCCCCGCGUUCCACCCUCGUCUUUUCCUCGCCUGAAUCCCUUUCCGAUUGGCUUAAACCCCGCCUACCUCCCGGCGCUCUCGCUUCCUGGGGCUCCUCCCCCGGCACUAAAACUGUCAACAAUCUCUGGAUCGAGCUCUCUAAGGGAGAGAUCUCUCUCUUUAUCUCUUCUCCUUCCCGCGACUGGCAAUCUGAAGCUGCCGCAGGGGUACAAGUAGACGAUCAACCGACGAUCCCUCUUCGAGCCGUUAAUGUAGCUAUAGUGAAAAUCCGUAAUCGCCGGGGCGCUCUACUUGUCGAAUCCCACCAGCUCCUGUCCGACGGCACAGUUCGGCAACGAGGCCGGCCGCUGUCGGAGAAGAUGAGGCCAGGGGAGACAGUGGAAGACGCUGCUUGGCGAGCGGUGGAGGAGGAGCUCGGCAUCGCUGCCUCCGGCUCCGUCAAGAUCGUGCCAGAUUCAUAUGUGGUGCGGGUUGAGGAAAAGGCAUCAGUUUCAUACCCUGGCUUGCCCGCUCGGUAUAUACUCCACUCCAUUGAGGCUCGAGUUGAGAGCUUGCCGGAGGAAGGGGAGUUCUCAACAGAGGAAAUGGGGGAAGGCGAAGAGGAGCUGAGUAUUGGAUCGGCCGUGUUUGUCAGGAAGCAUUUCUGGAAAUGGAUUGACGAUUAUGAUGACAACAGUGCUCCUUGCGCAUUGUUUUCCUCUUCCAUUGAUGUUGUAUAA